AUGCCAUCUGAUCCGCUCGACCUCCCACCGAUGAGGGUAGCAAUUCUAGGAGGUGGUCCAGCUGGCAUGUCAGCUUGUAUCGAGCUCUUGCGCGCUGGUCAGGGCAGAUUACAGCCAACAGUGUUCGAGCGAAGGAGCCGAUUGGGCGGCAUCUGGAAUCAUGAAGACAUCAAGAGCAGUAAUGUCCUCUUCGAUGAGCAUGGAAGGGCUCAUGCUCUCGCUACAGCCGUCAACGGAGAUUGGGCUCCCGGCGCCAUGUUUGAAGGAUGUGAGGAAAAUCGCGAGUCGUUCAUUGGCUCAGGUCUCAUUCUAGGAAGCUCAUGAUUACCGCAUUCAUCCGCCCCGCCUUUGCUUGCUAGUGAGAACGAACAUCGCAAGCGACCUCAUGACGUUUCGAGAUGCGCCAUUUGCACCAGGUACUCACUUGUUUCCGGACAGAUGUGAGCAAGUCUGCCCACCUCGCCGAUCCGAUUCGCUCGCGCCGAGCCCUGACCAUCGCCUUAUCUCGUGCGCGCUACUGACAGCCACGGUGAACGAUUACUUGAAGGCCUAUGGUGAUGAUCAUGCCGUCGAGCGGCAUAUUCGAUUCAAUCGCUCGGUCGACAAGCUCCGCAGGUUGCACAACGUGCCAGGCCAACAGGGAAGAUGGGAAGUGACAAGCACUGCUGUGCAAGACUCCUCCUCUGGUGCCCCUCACAGAAUCGUCGAGCGUUUCGACAAAGUCGUCGUGCGUGGCUCGAAUUAGGUGACAUCGUCUUGGGAUCAUGCGAGCUGAUCUUUCGACGCGCUCUUCUUGAUCGUCACUAGAUCGCGACGGGACGCUGUGCUAGACCUUCGCUGCCGCCAGUGAACGGGCUGUGGAAUUAUGGAGGCAAGAUCAUGCAUUCGAGCUGGUACAGAUCACCGGUACCUUUCCUGGGCAAGGUGCGUGCGCCUCGUAGCUGAGCCGUGCGCGAUAGACUUAUCGAAAAUCGCUCUCGUUGCAUGUCCAGAAAGUCCUCGUCGUCGGGAAUGCAAGUUCGGGUAUGGACAUCGCCAGGGAAAUGAACGGUUCUGUGUUCCGAGCAAUACCGGAUCUCAAAGGAUCCGACCUCUCGGCUGCGAAGUGGUCAGAAGCGCUGUCCAGAGCUCCAAUUCAGGUCUACCAAUCGGUCGAAGACGUAGAAAAGCCUCCUCCAAUGGAUUACGACCCUAGAGAUCCCGCUAGUCCAGACUGGUGUCGCAAAAUCCAGGUAAUCCCUCGGAUCAAGCACGUGAAAGCCCGAGACGGUAGCACAGGCCGAAUCAUCUUCGAAGACGAAAGUGUUCACGAUGAUUUUGAUGCGAUCAUCUUUGCGACUGGUUUCGUGUUGUGAGUGCAGACUUUUGCUCGCCUAAGGUUGUGUUGCAUACACUCGAUGCACUUGGCUGAAGCCAUGCUCGUCCGCCUCAGCGAGUUCCCGUUCUUGACGAAUGACGCGCCAUUUGACAAGGUGCCACUCUUACCGACCUUGGCGAGCGAUGCUCCAAGAGACUUGUCCCCUGCCCUCCACUGCGCCCUGGAACGGCAAGGAGGGCCUUACGUACCCCCGUCUUCAGCUCCGCGCCUUUCAAAUAUGGAUGACUGGUUAUUGUUUUACGAGGGCGAUGCCAGCAUUUGCGUCCUUGGGUGGGUGCAAGCGCGAUUCUCAACGUCUUCAUCACCUGGACUCGGCUGAAUCACGAAAGUUUUUAACACAGGGCUCCGACCACUGUGAUUCCCUUUCACCUCACACAAGCUCAAGCUCGGUGAGUGGCAUCGAGCGCAAUAACACCGUCAGAGACGGUCAGGUCUGACCCACAAUGUCUGGACGCAGAUACGUGGCGCAUAGAUGGCUGGGCAACGUAGGUAGCCUACCCCGUCUAGAUCCUCGCCUAUCCACUACGGACCCAGCACGGUGGACAAGUCAAAGAGUGACAGACGAGAGACUGUCCACCUGGCCCAAUCCCAAGCUUGCAAGUGGUACCAAGUCGGAGUCGCAAGAGGCUUUCCAGCUCGAGAAUGAAGGUGCGAAUAUAUGUUCGCACGUCUUUGGUAACCCGUCAGAUUCGGCCUACGUAGGUGAGUCGCUUUCUUUGGCACGCUUCUCUGCGAGACUCAUUAGAUGAGCUCACACUUCUAUUGCGCGUCUUGGUCACGCUAGACACGCUCCUCUCGUUGCUGCCCGAAGAAAGGGCUGGAAGUGAAGCUCCAUGGGAAGAAGAAUACAGACGCAACUCGAACGGGAAGGGCGAUGGAAGGCCGCACGGGUCGGAAUGUUGGUACAAAACUCCUACUUGGAGAAGGGAGAGGCGGAAUAAUGGAAGAGGCCUUCGACGAGAGAGACUCGGUUACUAA